AUGGAAGAAGAAAACACCUCUCAUAGUGGGGAGAAACCGUACACAUGUUCUAUGUGUGGUCGAGGCUUCAGCCAAUCAUCCGGCCUAUCUAAACACAAGCGCAGUCAUGACAGGGAGAAGCUGUGUAAAUGUGGGGACUGCGGGAGGGCAUUUAACUUCUCCUGCGAGUUGGAAAUUCAUCAGUGCUGUCACACUGGGGAGAGGCUGUUCCUGUGCUCCGUCUGUGAGAAGAGCUUCACUCGGUCAGCAUACUUGCUGCAACACCAGCGAGUUCACACUGGAGAGAGGCCGUUCACUUGCUCUGUUUGUGAGAAAGGCUUUACUAAUUUGUCCAACCUGGUGAGACACAAGCAGGUUCAUACUAUCGAGAGACCUUUUAAGUGUACAGACUGUGAGAAGUGCGAUAAAAGUUCCAGGGAACUGACACGCCAUCGAAGUGUUCACACAGAUAAGAGACCAUUCAAGUGCUCUCACUGUGAAACUGGGUUCAAGCAUUCAUCUGAACUUACUCUACAUCAACGCAUUCACACUGGAGAGAAGCCAUUCACCUGUUCCACGUGUCAGAAGAAGUUCAUUCAAUCAUCUCAUCUUCGGUCACACCAGCAAAUUCACACUGGGGAGAGACGAUAUGCCUGGUCCACGUGUGAGAAGAAAUUUGCUCAUUCAUCCCAUCUGGUGAGACACCAGCGAUGUCACAAGUAG